AUGAGGCAGUCACUGCUGUCUUUUGUGCCAGCCCUGCUCUCCCUGGCGGGAGCCGCAGCGGCCCAGGGCCUGACCGAGUCGUCCCUGGAGACACACGUCGACGCCGUCACGCUGUCGAGCAGCUUCAACCCCAUCAAGGAGGCCUACUGGACCGGCUACGUCCACCACCGCCGCACGCCCUUCUCCGUCUCCCCCGACGGCAAGACGGCCUACCUGGCCUUUCUCGACUCCUCCGACACGGGCGUCCACGUCCAGCCCAUCGACCCCGCCACCUUCAAGGCCACGGGCACCGUCGUCACCGUCGAUGGUGGAAAGGAGGCCGGUGGUCUCGUCGCCCAGGAUGAUGGCUUCGCUCUGCUGACCAACGAGGCCAUGCCCUCCGGCACGUCCAACGCGCCCCCGGACAACACCCCCGUCCCCGUUCUGUACCGUUUCGACGCCUCUGGCACCCAGAAGUGGAAGACCUGGUUGGGUGGUCCCGAUGUUGACAGCGACCAGGGUCUCAUGGCCGCUCCGGAUAUGAAUGGUGACCUCGUUUACUCGGCCAAGACUGGCAGAUACGCCGCCUACACCGUUGUCACUGCCUACAGCGGCUCUGCCCAGGGCCACUUCGGUGACGCCAUCAACUAUGUCGAGGACAGCACUGGUGAGCGUGUGACCAUCCAGGGUGCUACCUCUGCCUGGGGCUGCAGCCACAACACCGGCAUUGCUCUCGAGGCUGCCGACGAGGCUCCCUACGCCAGUGUCUGUGCUGAGGAUCAGGGCGCCAUCUGGCUCAACUCCAAGGGCCAGGGCAUGAGCACCGUCGGAACCAAGAUCUCCAACGAGAACGUCACCAACGGCGCCGGUGGCGAGUCCCUCGGCGGCAUGUCCGGAUCCUACAGCAACCUGGCUCGUUUCCAGGACAGCGAGGCGUACAUCUUCGCCUGGGUCUCGCGCGGUGCCAAGGACGUCACCAUCAACGACUGGAUGGGAGAUGGCUACACCCACGUCGCCAACCGCACCAACGGACGCAACGUCGCCAUCGCCACCUUCAGCGACAAGUACACCAUGGUCGGCAAGCAGGCCACCAGCGAGGUCGGCGCCGCGUCGGGCGACGACCAGGUCAACUGGCUGACCACCGGAACCGCCGACCAGAGCAAUGCCCACGUCGCCACCUUCGACGGCACCAACGCGCUCGUCACCUGGGAGGAGAUCGCCGACCCCUUCUGCGAGUUCAUCGCCAUGGGCUGCCGCGGCAAGUUCACCGGCUCCAGGUUCCAGCUCGUCACCAACGACGGCACCGGCAAGGCCGUCGGCGAGCCCCUCACCAGCACCGAUGUCACCGUCGCCGGCGACCUCGUCACCAUGGCCGACGGCCGCAUCUGCUGGCCCUACGUCAGCAUGGACUGGGACCUCAGCUCCCCCGUCGGCUACGGCGGCUCGACGACGACCACCACCAAGAUGUCCUUCGCGUGCAUCAGCCUGGGCGGCUCCGGCUCUUCUUCGGGCGGCUCCGCCUCCUCCAACUCCGCAGCCGCAGCCGCAGCCGCGGCCACGUCCUCCGUCCCCGCCGUGAUCGCCGCCGCGGACGGCGAUGACACCCCCUCCGUGCCCAGCGUGUCCCCCGCCCCGACCUCGUCCGCCGCCCCCGUCGCGGCUGAGGAGCACGCCGCCGAGGAGGCCGCCGCCGAGGAGCCCGCCGCUGCCGCCACGUGCCAGCGACCCAGAGCACCAAGCCGCGCCCGUCCAAGCGCCCCUGCCCCAAGAAGAGGCGCGAGGCUUUGCUCGCCGCCAGGGCCAUGA